AUGCGCCGCGCCGUCGCCUCGCCGAUCCCUCGACCGACGUCCCGACCGCGUCGCGCGCGCCUCCACGAGCUCGCGCGCGCGGGCUGGAACGAUUUCGCCUGGUCCAAGGCAUCCGUCGUCGCGAACGAUCGCCGCGCGCGCGCGGGCGAGGCCGAGCUGCGGGCGAUCGGGGUGGAGAUCGGGGCGGCGGCGCGCGCGGCGUACGCGACGCCGGGACAAUUUUUGCAGAUACGCACGCGAGAGGACGGUAAAGCGGCGUUCAUCGCCAUCGCGAGCGCGCCGGGUGAGUGCGCGUUCGGUGAGGGGGCGGUGGAGCUGCUGGUGAAGGCGCAGAGCGGGGCGACGGCGGGAGAGAUUUGCGCGCUCGACGUCGGCGCCGAGGUGGAGGUUUCGCCGGUGAUGGGGAAAGGAUUCGAUCUGACGGCGGUGCGCGGACGAUCGAAGGCGGUGCUGUUCGCCACGGGAUCGGGAAUUUCGCCCAUUCGCGCGCUGCUGCGAAGUGGGACGCUGAAGACGGACGCGGGCGCGACGACGCUGUAUUACGGGACGCGCGACGCCGAGGCGACGGCGUUUUUGGAGGAAUCCGCGUCGUGGCCGUGCGACGUCGUGCGCGUGUAUUCCGAAGAUUCGGGCAAACACGUGCAGGAUGUGUUGCGCGAAGACAUCGCGAGCGGGAAGAUCGACGCGAACGACACGUUUGCGGUGUUGUGUGGUCAAAAGGAAAUGGCGGACGAAGUCAUCGAGAUGCUCACCUCCGCCGGUUUGCCGCGCGAGGCGUGCGUGAUGAACUUUUAA